AUGAUUCAGCAGCAACGGCUCCCAAUACAGCCGCCAUUCUCGUCCCCUUACUCUAAUCUGCUUGUAACCGAGUACUUCUCCAUACUAGACUUGGCACCUUUCACUGGGCUGCGUCUAGGAGCCACUACACUCUCCUUCUUCACCAAAGACCCUUCAAACAUCAUUCGAGCAUUGUCUUCGUCCGUUCCAGGGAGCCAAAAGUUCUUAUCAUUUAUCUUCCCACGAUACGGUCAGGCUCUUACUUUAAGCCUCGCUGUGGACUGUAUUGUGGUGAAGGUUCAACAAAUGAUAAUGGAUGUUGGGAGCACCUUUGCUCACAAUAUUGUGUUGCGCCAGCAUACCAGAGUUCUUGAGUGCAUCCAGCAAGACUUGAACGACAGGAGCCAGUGGAUGAGCUCUGAGACAUUGUGUGCAAUACAGUUGCUAGGGUUAUUUGAUCUGAUCAAUAAUGCCAGCCUUCAGUCGUGGUUGUGCCACGUCGCGGGUGCUUCAAGGCUGAUUGAACAGCGUGGUGCUCGGAAUUUUAAAUCCGACUUUGAUCUGGCCAUUCUCACAGCACAGAUUGGCCCUAUAAUUACGGAAGCGAUUCUUGACAACAGACAUUGCUUUCUUACAGACGAAUCUUGGAAGACGGUCAUUUGCGAGUCUAUUCUCAGCGAUGAGUAUUUCUAUAAUUACCGAGAUAUCGUAACUUGCUUAUGGACGCAUCUUGUCUGGGGUCCAAACCAUUUCAAAUUGGCGACUGAUAUGAUCUCAGCAAUGGAGGCUCCAACACCCCAAGAGUACACUGCUCUCAUUAAGGAUAUGAUAAGCCACAAUGAGAGCUUGCUAUGUUUGACGGAUCUUUUACAACAACGGCUUGCUGCUGCGGACAACAGAAGCGAGAUUGUGCCUGGCUCCAAAGGAUCGCAAGUAAAUCCGUUAGAGAUUGAGGGAACUUUGAUCAUAUGCCGUCUAAUGAAGUUGCGACUUCUGUUCGCCUUGGACCCAGCCCGAUUUUCUGCCAUGGAAGCCGAGAGCCAGAAUUUGGCUAGUCAAGUCAUGUACUUUGACGAACAAUUAGGUCAAGAAAAAGAAGGCAGGAUAAUGGGGGGAUUGUUCAUGUCACAAACAACGUGGAUAGCGAGGGCCACUAUAGAAACGUAUGAUGUGUGGAAAACUGAGGUGGGGAGUGAAGGGAUGAUUGCGAAAUGGAAGUUUGAGGCGUGGUGUUGUGCUAUGGGAAGAAGAAUCAAUGUCUAG